AUGCCCUGUCUAGAGGUCUACAUCAAAGCAUUGCCUAUGUUGAAAGUGCUUGUGAGAUCUGGACAGAUCUUGAAGGCAAGGUACUCACAAGGAAAUGCUCCACAGGUUUUUCACUUGAAGCGUGAAUUAACCUUACUAAGGCAAGAAAACCCCCCAUCUUUUUCUUAUUUUACAAAGAUGAAAGGACUCUGGGAUGAGCUCUCCAUCUAUACAAAUGUACCUUCAUGUUCAUGCAGUGGUGCAGCCAGAGAAUUCCUUGUUGAAAGAGACAAGGAACAGGUGUAUCAAUUUCUCCUUGGGCUAAGUGAUUGGUUUAAUAUAGUGAGAUCCAACAACCUUGGAAUGGAUCAUCUACCAAGUAUUGGGAAAGUAUAUUCCAUGAUUUCACAAGAAGAGAAACAUCAGCUCUUAUCUGUCCAAAUGGCAUCAGUUGUGGAGGCAGCUGCUCUUCAUGUUAUUGGCACAUCCAAACUCAAUUCCAAGAGUGAAAAAGAUCACCCAAAAUUCAAAUGUGACCAUUGUAAGAAAACCAGGCAUACCAAAGAUCAUUGUUAUGAGCUGGUAGKCUAUCCAGACGAUUGGGAAAAGAAACCACGUACUAUGUCAAAGGUCAGCAAUGAAAGGAAUCAAUCUAAUGUUGCUUCUACAUUCAACAACACUGUGAAAUCCUCUCCUGUUACAUGGCUAAYUACUGACCAAUAUCAACGGUUACUUAGUCUUCUUUUUGGACCACCAAUAGUGCCGGUUUCAGCCAACUUUGCUAGUAAGACAAAUUCAUCAUCUUGGUCUUUUAAUCCGUUUGAAUGGAUAUUGGAUAGUGGCACUACAAACCACAUGGUACCUGCUGAGCACAUCUCUAGUGGUUCUAAUACCACUUCAACCCAUAAACCCGUGCAAUUACUGAAUGGCACUUUACUAUCAGUUCAAUCACAAGGAGAUGUUAAGAUGACCCCUAAUCUUGUGCUUCGUGAUGUCCUAUUUGUUCAUGUACCUUGCCUCCAAGACAUUGAUUGGGGUAGGGACGAUGCAUGA